CCACAUCCCUCAACCAUGGCGGAACAGACCGAGAAGGCGUGCUUGAAGCAGCCCAAGGUGUGCCUUUGCUCGAAGAAAACAGGGAAGGGGAAGAGACCUGGAAAGGGUGGGAAUCGGUACUGGAAGAAUGUUGGCUUGGGGUUCAAGACUCCCAGAGAUGCCAUUGAAGGAACUUAUAUUGACAAGAAAUGUCCAUUCACCGGCGAUGUCUCUAUAAGGGGACGUAUACUUGCUGGAACCGGCCACAGUGCCAAGAUGAUGAGAACAAUCAUUGUUCGACGCAACUACCUUCAUUUUGUCAAGAAAUACCAGAGGUAUGAGAAGAGGCAUUCAAAUAUUCCAGCUCACAUAUCUCCAUGCUUUCGUGUGAAAGAGGGAGAUCAUGUUACCAUUGGCCAGUGCAGGUUAGGCCUGAAAUUCUACAAUGCUUUACAUCAUUAGUAGGAUGUACCU